UGCAUUUCUGGCCAAGAUUCAGUUUCCGUUUGAGGAAUGCUACCCCUGACUUGUUGCCAUGUAGAUCUCUGUAACUUCUGCCCGACCGGUCGCAGUGUAGCCUACUCCAGAUUUGCAAAGUCACGUUGAUGCAUAUACAUUCCUCCACCGCAGCCCUUUGGAAGUGUGCCUGCGGCCGCGACGCAGAGCAGCAGCAGCAGCAGCAGCAGCAGCGACACUCACAGCUCCGCUCGUUUAGCCUUUUAAUGUGAAGUGUGACAGAUCUGCUGCUUUCCUGACGGGACGGAAAGCUUCAGCCAACGACCGGGGAAGACCUCCUGCGGUCGGACAAGUCGUGCGGGAACUCCCCGAAGUGAUUUCUGUGUUGUUCUCAUGUGAUAUGGCGUUUAACGGCUGCCAUUGACGUGUUGCUUUAGGAUAAGCAUCACACGGCAUUAUAAAGAAAUCCCUGCCAGGAUAUACAUCCAAUUGCCAACCACUUCCCCUUUUUUUUCUGUGGAACAUUAAAUUGCGGAGGACUUUGUGAAAUGUCAGAGUGGAUCACUUUCAAAACUCUGAAACCUGUCAAAUCCGGACCAACAGCGAUUUAAUGAUCAUGGUUUGACUAGUACUUUGUCUGAUCCUGAUUCAAAGGCUGUCAGUCAUGUUGGAGCUUGGAUCUGUGGACGAGGGAGUGUUAUGUGGUUCACCAUCAGUCUGCAAGUUUGUUUACCCGCCAUAUUUGUGCAGAGAAACAUAUGAGCUGAACGUGUUUUAUGUGGCAACUGGCUUUAUCACUGGACUGCUUGCACUGCCUGCUGGCUGUGGCCGGGAUCACCAUUGGAUAGUACCAUUACGCUGUUCACAUUCCUAAUUUCUUGGGAAAUGUCUACUUACUGAAUAGACUUGUGUGUUCGAAUUUGAGGCAAAAUGGAGGAACUGAGGGCAUCUGCUCACCGGACCCUUUGCAAAGUCCAAAUCUAUUUCCUCUGUUGAAAGUCUGACCCCAAUGGGAUAAGAACAAAAAACUCUGAACUGUGUAAGACUGAACAGGUAGUUACUCAAAGAAAAUCUGGACUACCUCUCUCCCAGAAUGAAUUGCCCUUCAAGGAAGAAACGUCCCACGCGAGACUCUGAUUUCUCGGCUAUCGCGGUUCCCUCGAUGCAUGGGUCCGGCUAUCUCGACUACUCGGUCGAGACUCACGCUUCCAAAUCCCUGGAGGUUAUGGAGGAAUUCAGACGGCAGGAGAUGUUGUGUGACUUGGUGCUACAUGUCACAUACAAGGAAAGGACAGUGGACUUCAAGGUGCACAAGGUGGUGCUGGCCUCCUGUAGCCCCUACUUCAGAGCCAUGUUCACCAGCAGUUUCAAAGAGUGCCGCGCCUCGGAGGUCACCCUGCGCGAUGUCUGCCCCCAGGUGGUGGGAAGACUUAUUGACUUUGCCUACACUUCCCACAUCACAGUGGGAGAGAAGUGUGUGUUGCACGUUCUCAUGGCUGCUAUGAGGUAUCAGAUGGAGGACGUGGCCAAGGCAUGCUGCGAUUUCCUCACUAAGCACCUGGAGCCUGCUAAUGUCAUCGGCAUCGCCCGCUUCGCCGAGGAGAUCGGCUGCACAGAGCUGCACCAGCGCAGUCGAGAGUAUGUCAAUACACACUUCAGUGAGGUGACUAAAGAAGAGGAGUUCUUCAGCCUCUCGCACUGCCAGCUGCUGGAGCUCAUCAGUCAGGACAGUCUCAAGGUGCUCUGUGAGUCUGAGGUGUAUAAAGCUUGCACAGACUGGGUCCGCUGGGAUAUGGAGGGUAGAGCCCCAUACCUGCAUGCCCUCCUGAAUGCUGUUCAUAUCUACGCCCUGCCUCCUAAGUUCCUAAAGAACCAGCUCCAGUCCUGCCCCAUCCUCAGCAAGGCCAAUUCCUGUAAGGACUUCCUGUCUAAAAUCUUCCAGGAUAUGACUUUAAGGAAGCUGGCUCCUGCACCUAACCGUGGAACUCAACUCAUCUAUGUGGCCGGCGGAUACCGGCAGCAUUCCCUGGCCUCCAUGGAGGCUUAUGAUCCCAGGAGGAAUGUGUGGCUAAAGCUGGCUGACAUGGGCUCUGCAUGCAGUGGUCUGGGGGCCUGUGCGCUGUUUGGAUUGCUCUACACUGUUGGAGGCAGGAACUUGUCGCUUCAAAACAACACAGAGUCCAGCGCCCUCUGCUGCUACAACCCGAUGACCAACCAGUGGAGCCAGCGAGCCUCUCUCAACAUCCCCAGGAACAGGGUCGGGGUGGGCGUGGUGGACGGCUGCAUCUAUGCUGUCGGAGGCUCCCAGGGCUCCACGCAUCACAACACGGUGGAGAGGUGGGAUCCAGAAUCUAAUCGCUGGUCCUUAGUUUGCCCGAUGUCGGUGGCUCGUCUGGGUGCUGGAGUGGCGGCGUGUGGGGGGGCUCUGUAUGUUGUCGGGGGAUAUGAUGGGCAGAACCGCUGGAACACUGCUGAGAAAUACCAGUCUGACACCAACACCUGGCACCAGCUGGCACCCAUGAGCACUAUACGCAGUGGACUGGGAUUGGUGUGUGUGAACUCUCACCUGUACGCAAUAGGGGGGUAUGAUGGACGGAGCCAGCUGUGUUCUGUGGAGCGUUACAAUAUAGCCAGGAACCAAUGGGAGCCCAGGGCCUCCAUGCAGUACUGCCGCAGUGCACACGGAGUCACAGUCCACCAGGGACGCAUCUUUGUCCUCGGAGGCUUCAACCAGCUCGGCUUCCUGUCCAAUGUAGAGUGUUACUGUCCAGAGAGAAAUGAAUGGAUGUGCAUCACCGACAUGCCCGUUGGACGCAGCGGCAUGGGCGUCGCUGUUACCAUGGAGCCCUGUCCCGGCAGCCUGCCAGAACAAGAGGAGGAUGAGGAUGGAGCCACAUGAGGAUGAGGACCAGAUCUGUUGAAGUCUCUCUCAAGUGUUGCAUACGGAUCUAAGUGGUGCUGCUUUUCAAGACAGGGUUAAGUGCAUUCAAUAAAAAAACAUUCCAAUAAGAAUACUCUUCAUACAUCCCUGCUCUCAUGGAUCCAUUUGUAUUGCCCUAUGCAGUACUGCAGGAAUAGUUUGUAUGGAAACGUUGAAGAAGAAGAUGGAUAUUUCUACAUCUACUAGGUGGACUAGUGAUACAGAAAAAGAAGUAGCAUGACAGUGAGGUCACAACGAACAAGGUGACAGCUUUAAUCACUGUCGGUUCGAUCCCUGGCUCCUCCUGUCCGCAUGCCGAAGUGCAAGACGCUGAAUGUCAAGUUGUUCUUGUUGGUCAGGCCAGCGCCUUGCAUUGGCAGCUCCGCCACCAUCGGUGUAUGAAUGUGUGUGUGUGAAUGGGUGAAUGAGAAGCAAAUUGUAAAGCGCUUUGUCCAGUAAGGUAGAAAGGUGCUAUAUGAAUGCUUUCCAUUCACCAUUUUACCAUUAACGGAUGUAAGUAAUUUCAAAUGAUGGUACUAUUUAAUUAAGUAGUGUUAUUCCUCAGAUGACUUUAAUCUUUUAGUGUUAUAUUGUAUUUGUAAAUCUAUAAAGUGAAGUUAUAAUUUCUAAUUCCUCACUCUGUGUUCUAUCUCUACCUCUGUGUGUGUGUGUGUGCGCGCACGCGCGUGCCUGCGCACGUUCACUGUCUUUUGUUUUGUGUUCCUGAAAAUAAAGCAAUUCAGAUGUGUAUUUCUGCA